AUUGGUGAUUUCAAAUUACUGGGUUCAUUAUCAAUCGAUAAAACAUAUGAUGGCAACUUUACGGGUAAAUUCCACUCAAGAAUUCAGGCAGUCGUUCUUCGUUCUGAAUUGGAAGAGGCUAAAAGAAAUGGCUUUUACUAUCGCGUUAGAGUUGGUGACGAAAGCCAACAUGUUCAAGGUUUCAGUGAACCGGCAAUUAUUCUUGCUGCUAAUAUGGAUCAUCAAUUCCGUUUGUUGUUCAAUACUGAUCGGCAGACAAUUCAGUCACUUGCAGUCUUUCCAGGAAAUGUUAUAAACCAUGAAGAAAAUAUUCUACAAACGAAAGAUAUUGUAAAAGGAAGCAUUACGGUAAACACCAUCAGAGAAUUACCCUUGCCAGAUACAAUGUCAUAUAUUCAAAAAAUGGAAAAAGAGCGUCAAGCUCGUCAGCAUGGUGCUCAAAAUGACAAUCGAUCUUUUAUUCAAAAAUAUUGGAUGUAUAUCGCAGCAGCUGUUGUUUUAAUGGUAAUAUCGAAUGCUGCCGCUGCGGAACAAGCUGGUGAUUGA